GGUUUUUGAAUUGAAGAAAAUACAUGUAAGGGUCUAUGUGCUCUCUCUUCGGUAGAUUAUGUUAUGAAGGGAGUCUUACGGAGCCAGUCUGUAAACAGUUUCUCGAGAAUGACAAUCGCUUAAAAAUGGACGGUUUUUUACUAGACGAAGAGGGCUAAUCAGUUGCAAACCGUAGACGUGUUUGAGGAAGUCAGAGAUCAUGUCAGCGAUCAAGAUUGCCCUGCAGCAGAGCCAGAAGAGUGGCAGAAGGAAAACCUCUGAAGCAAUGUCUGCAGAGGUGUCUCCAGACUCCAAGUGUCCCAUCUGUUUGGACAUAUUUAACAACAUUUCAUACCUGGACCUCUGCCUGCACAAGUUCUGUUUCCGUUGUAUUCAUGAGUGGUCCAAGAACAAAGCAGAGUGCCCUCUAUGCAAACAGCCAUUUAAUUCAAUCUACCACAGUAUAAAGUCGGAGCAAGACUUUAAGAAGUAUGACUUGCAGCCAGUGGAUAAUGGCUCCUUUGGAACUUUUGGGGGAGUGCGGUUUCGAUACCGCACUACUCUUACUGGAGCCCAACGACAGAUGUGGGGAAGGACCUCUCCUCCUCCAGACAACGGAGUAAUGUUUGAAGCCUCAACAAACCCUCCCCAGCAGCGGCAGGACCGUUACAUCCGUCGCAUGAUGAUGAGGUUGGCAGCCAAGAGGAGAGCUGCAAGUGAAGGGAGGGCAGUGAACAGUGUCCGAGAGCAGGAAAUGAUAAACUUCAGGAGGGAACUGUACAGACGAGGGGUCAGGGUUCGGACCGUUCGAGAUGGCGGCCGCUCACGGGACACCUCAGCUGAGUUCUACCGAAGAAAUCCCGCCUGCCUACAUAGACUGGUCCCAUGGCUAAAAAGAGAACUCCACGUGCUGUAUGGGUCCCACGGCUCUUUGGUCAACAUAGUUCAGCACAUCAUCAUGUCACGCAUCACACGUUAUGACAUGGAGGAUGGAGCUAUUUACGAAGAGCUCAGGCCGUUCAUCCAGGGGCGCACUGAGCACUUUCUGCAUGAGUUCAUCAGCUUUGCAAAGUCCCCCUUCAAUAUGGAGGCCUAUGACCAGCAUGCUGUCUAUGACUGCCCGGCCCCAUCCUCAAAUGAAGACAGCAGCUCCAACUCAUCUGUGAUAGCUAUUUCAGAGGAUGAGGAACACUCUGUGGAGCUGGACCCCCCUGGAGACUCCAUGUCUACUCUCAGUCACUCUGUGUGGGACGAUGAGACACCUGGGCCAUCGUAUUCGACAACGGCGGAGCAGAGCAGAGUAGAGCGCCUCUCAGUCCCCGACUCAGACUCAGACAGCAGUUUAGAGGAGGAGACACUAGAGUUUGGGGCUUCUCCACAGCAAACGAGUCCUCGUAACCAAACAGACAUGACUCAGGGUGAAGUUAACAACGAAGGGUGUUUGUCUUCUGACAGCGAAGACUGUGUCAUUGUAGGCUUUGUCAAGCCGACAGCAGAGAGGACUCCGGAGCUGGUCCAGCUCUCCUCUGACUCUGAUGAGUCUGACAGUGAAGAUACUAAGGAAGUGCCUCUUUUACCUCAACACAUCCGCUUCUCCAGCCUCAGCCCUCAGGCUUCGCAGAGUAGCGAUCCAAGUGGUGCUGGACGGUCAGAAAAUGCAGACACAGACCGCUAUGGUCACUUGGAAUCAAAAGAAAAGUGUUGCUCUUUGACAUCUAGCAGAUACAAGACGUCCAGUAGGCCAGACAGAAAAGACAGAGAACGAGAGAGAUUUAGGGAGAGGCACUGGUCAAAGGACAGAGACCAGAGGAGGAGGAGGAGGAGGUCAAGAAGUAGAGAGCGCAGGCACUCUAGCAGGAGCCCGGUGAUGUCCCAGUGCAGUGUCAGCACUCUGUCAAGAGAAAGAGAAAGAGACUAUUCUUACUUCAGCGGCAGAGACUUCUACUCAAAAUGUGACAGCAAUUAUAAGAAGAAGGAUAGUUAUCAGAGCUAUCAGUCAUAUAGUCAUUACAGCCAAGAGAGAAAUGACAGCGGGACGCAUUAUACAGAGAGGCGGUCCUACUAUUACAGUAGUCGCAAGCACUCAGAUAGGCACUCGCACUCUCGCUCCAGGAGUUGCAGCAGAGACUCGCGGAGACGGGACAGGAGGCAUUCUCAAUCUUUUUCCAGCAGUCGCUCACCUUCAGCAAAACGGAGAUCCCACCACGACAAGCCUGGUGGAAAGAGGAAAUACAAAACAAGACAUUUGGAGGAACCGGCUGACAACACACUUUCCAAAUCGUGCCGCGAAGGUGACCCCUCCACUUCAUUAACAAAACACAAGAAAAAGAGCAAAGAGAAGCACAGCAAAAAAUCCAAAGAGAGCUCAAGAAAGACGAGCAGGAGCCUCAGUGUGGAGCUCGUCAAUGAGGAAAACCCCCCUGAGCGAAGCAGACGCCACCAUAAGAAAAAGAAGAAGCACAAGAAAAAGAGCAAAAGGCACAAGAGUAACGAGCGCACAGAGAAGCACUCGCCCACUGUCAUCACCAUUGACAGUGACAGUGAUUUUUUUGCUAAUGACAGUGUCACCCAGGCCAGCAGCACUAAUAAGGACAACUCUAUUGACAGUACCACAGAUGACCCAGUAGACCCUGCCGCUCCUGGCCUCUCUGGCGUAGUUAAGUGGAGGUCCAGAUUCCCACUCUGUGUGGUGGGAAGUGAUGGAUUCACUCUCAGCUGCUAAUGCCUGCCAGCAGUAUUUUAGAUCAAAACAAUGUUCAAUAUGUUGAAAGAUAUGGUUGAUAAAUAUGUUCCUUUAAAUGCCACCACAAGUGUUUUCCACAGUGACUAAUCAUUGGACUCUAGCAUAUGUGACACACUCAGAUAUCUGUGUUGAACGGGAGACAUUGACUAAAUCACUGUUUAAAUUGUAGUUUUUGGCUGUUAGCUAACACCGAAAAACAACGCUAUUUAAUGUGCAAUCGUGCCACUGUUUAACCAGGCAGAAUGAAAUAAUACUGGGAGUCUCUCAUCUUUUUCAACUGUCGAUUCUUACUCUUAUCGGAUGUAUUUUAUUUCCAAAGUGCUCUCAGGGAUAUUGUUGAGUACAGUGAUUUUUUUCUUUAGUUGUCAUAAGUCAGCUAUAUUCUUGAGACAAAACAAUUUCUAUCUGCUGCUCAUGGAGUAGAACCUAUUAUCUGUAGACCAUGUUUAGAUUUCACAAUGGGCUCUUUUGUAUUGAAUUUUAUUUAAGAAUAAAUUGUAAUGAUCAA